AUGCUUUUAACUUUUGAAUAUCUCAUUUGCGUAAAUAUACCAGUUUGGGCUGGUAUAAUAUUUUUGAUUUUCUCUCAUAUUUAGUUCACUUCUAAUACUCUGGAGAAGUGGGAAGAGCUUUCAACAAUAGGAAUCAAGAAUAAUGAACAGCAAAGACUUCACAAUUUCGCUUUGAGCAAUAAAAUCUUUACAGAAAGCUUGUUUCAAAGUAUAUCAUAGGAUUUAACUUAGAUGAUAAACUUUGUCUAUAAAGAUGUAAAAUAUUCUCAGAAAUAGGUUUACAAUGAAAACAUUAUGUGCUCAAAUUAAAAUUUCAUAGAUAAAGAAUGUAGUAAUACUUUCUUAUCUCUUUAUGAGCGAGAUAUGGUUUUAGUAGAAUUAUGGUUUCAUGUCUUCAAAGAAGAAUUUAAUUUACUGAGUCCAAGUGAAGUUCAAUUCUUUUAAAAUGUAAUUGAUAUGCUUUAUUUUAUAAUAUUCGAAAGUUUCUUGUUUUAAGAAUUAUAAUUAGCAGAUGGUAAUGAUAAAGAGUAAAUAUGUGAAUAAAUACUAUUUAGAAGCUUUAGUGUAUUUUAUGAUCCAAGAUGUAGAGAUUGGUAUAAACAAGCUGUAAAUACAGUAGGUCAGAUAUUUACAAAGCCAUAUAAAUUCGCUCUUGAUAAAAAAGUAGGGAUGACUUUAUCUAUGAGUUUAAAAAAACUGUUUUAUUCUGUAUUCAGUAUUGAUUUCAGCAUGAGCAAUUUAGGAAACUAAGUUUUUGUCUAUUAAGAUAAUUAUGAUGAGUCAAGCUUGUCAGAAGGAUAUACUGUACUUGUUCAUUAAGAUAAUUAAACAAUAUUUCAUCAUCGAUAUUGGAGUGAAGAGUCAAAUACUUUGUAUUCUUGGCCUGAUAUUGAAUACAAUUAGACUACAUAAUAUAAUCAAAAAGAUAAAGAGGAAUUUACUAAUAAAAUAAAAGAAGCUAUUGAUUUUAGUCAAACAAAGAAUUACUCUAUUUUAGACUUUUAGAAUGUAGACAAAUUUUUCAUUAAGUUUAGGAAAAAUAAUCGAAAAUAUGUAUCUGUUUUAUAUCCUGUGGAUAUAAAGAGUUAUUAAUAUCCACAAAAUAGGAGAACACAAAAAAGCUAAAUUGUUUUAUACGUUGGAAGAGUUCACUUUGAUUUAAGUGGCUUGAUUAAUGAUGUAAUGAUGAAUGCAAAAACCAUGUUUAUAAUUUUGAAUAUUGUUGAAGCUGUAAUUGUCUUAGUAAUAGUGAUUGUUUCUUUUUUGCAUUAUGCAGCUGUGUUUAUUAGAAAAUUAGAUUUCUAGCUUGAAAUUUUAAUUUAGUAUCUGAAGUAAUAAGAAGAGAGCAGCUCAGCUUCUAUAAUUACAUCAAAUACAUAUGAAAGGAAGACUGCAACUUAAUCUUAUUCUAAUUCUUAGAAAUCAAUUAAAGAAGACAAUAGAAAUGAAAAAGCAUUUCAUACUGCCAGCAAACAUCUAAAAUAAAAUAAUAUAACAAAAAGUAAUAGCUCUAACCGUUUUUUUAAAAAAAUUUAGUACGAAUUUUAUGAAAUGUCCAUUUUAAUCAAUUCAUUUUAGCAACUAGAGAGUGUUAUCAAUUUAAUUAAGAAAGGUGAUUAGUAAAUAGUGGGAAAUAUUUCUUAGAAGAUAAUGGCUUCUUCUUCUGCAAAAUAAGUAUUUCAUUCUGUAAAUAAUAAUAUAGGAUAGGGAUUUUGCUACUUUUAACUUGGCUAGUUAUACUAUCAAUAAAGGAAAUAUAUUUAAGCAGCAUAAAAUUUUGAGUAAUCUGUGAAUAGUAUGCUGAUAGAAGUUAAUAUUGAUGAUAUUAAUUAACUCUCUUAGAAAAUACUAAAUGGGAAUUUUAAUGCUACUUUAUAUUAAUGCUAAAUCCUAUAACAGAGAUUAUUUUUUUAUGUUUUGAGCUAAAAAGAGUAAGCCUUGACUUUUGAUAGAUUAAAUUUAUCUUCUUCCGAUUUAGAAAAGGAAGAUGAAAAAUAAUCUAGAGAAAUCCAUUAAUCGCUAUAACAAAAGUUUGAAGAAAUCAAAAAAAAACAAAACUAAAUUAAAGAUUAAAAUUCUCUAAAGCCAAUAUAAAUUAUUAUGAAUGACGAACUAGCAUCAGAUAAGCAUUUAAUUACAGAAUAAUAAGAUGAAAUAAAUUUAAAUGAAAAUGAAGAUAGGGAAGAAGAAAAGGAAUUAAGAAUAUCAGUUUGA